CUAGGGCUGGACCGGAGCAUACAUCCAAGCAAGAACGGGGGCGCCGGCACGUGCUCCCGGCCCCCGACGUGCCAGAAGCAGGCGGCGUCAUGUGCCCGCGGGCAUGGCGCCCGUAUAAUAUUAAUGCCCGCGCGGCGGGCGUGCCAUGUCGCCAUGGAUCGGGAUCGUCCUCGUCCAUGAUCGCUCGCCGGCCGCUAGCUGCACAUUCAUUAGCCGUUUGGCGAGGUCCCGCUGCGAAAAAAACAAUACCCCCCACCGCGCCGCGAGAGCGCGUACGAGCAAUGCCGCUGCCGCGCCGCGCCGCGCUCGCCGUCGCCGCGGUGCUUCUGCUGGCCGUGUCCGUGGUCGCGCCGCGAGCAGCCGGACAGACGGCGGCGGAUCCGGAAGGCUGGGCGGCGGCCGCCGACAGGGCGUGCGCUGCGGGCACGGUGGUGGAGUGCGCGGGCGGCGGCGGCGCGGCCAGGAGGGAGCUCUGGGGCAGCCGGUACAUCAGCUACGAGGCGAUGAGCCGGGGGCAGGUGCCGUGCUCGUACCGUGGCGCGUCCUAUUACAACUGCCGGCCGGGCGGGCCGGCCAACCCCUACUCCCGCGGCUGCUCCCAGAUCACCCGCUGCAGAGGCUAGCCAGCGAUCCGGCGGCCGGGCCAUGGCGGGCGGCAUGGUCUCGUCGUCUCCGUUCUUGCAGCAGCAGCAGCUUGUCUGUAAGGCGAAACCCCUUUGCUCUUCUCUUCUCCGUUUCUUGUUCUAUAGCUGGGUUUUGGGGGAUGGAUCGAUGAUUUGGCAGGGAGCAAGCUUCUUGUUGCCCCAUAUUUUGUAAUUGGCAUUAUUAAUAGGCGACAUGUACGCAUCAAGAGGUCCUAAUGAUUCGUUCUGUUCGUGCA